AUGUGUCGUUUUUUGAUAUUUAAGGGCAAAGAGCCUAUCAAAUUAUCGCAUUUACUGACUAGGCCGGCACACUCAAUCAUAAACCAAUCAUUUGACAGUCGACUACGUCUUGACAGAAGAAGUCCUGUGAACGGAGAUGGAUUUGGUGUUGCUUACUACCCCAUGGAUGCUGAGCUAGAUCAAGAUGGGCCAUGUAUCUUCAAAGCGAUCACGCCUGCGUGGAAUAACGAAAAUUUGUCGAAACUCGCAGAGAAGACUAAAUCAGACUUGGUAUUCGCCCACGUAAGGGCAUCUACUUACGGAGUGUUAUCCGAAACGAACUGUCAUCCGUUUACGUACCACAGCCUAUGUUUCAUGCACAACGGUGGUAUCGGAAACUUCCAAAAGAUCAAGCGUGUGUUGUUGAACCACAUUGGAGAUGAGUACUUGAAUUUUUUGCAAGGUAGCACAGACUCUGAGUGCGCAUUCGCACUAUUCUUAGAUACACUGGAAAAACUGGGUUGCGACCCCAAGAGCAAGCAGGGUCAUUUCCGCCACGAAGUACUAAGAGAAGCCAUUCUCAGAACCGUCGGCUACAUACGAGAUUGGACCAAAGAGGCAAGCGGCUCGGCACAGCGUGUAGAACCAUCGCUGCUCAAUUUCGCAGUGACAGAUGGAUCCACAGUGGUGGUGUCUCGCUACAUCACUUCCAAGACCGAUGAGGCCGCUUCGCUGCACUUCGGCUGCGGUUCAAGCUUCGUCGAAACGUCCCCAGGCGAGUACCGCAUGGAAAGACUGAACAGAAACCAGGACGUUAUCAUGGUUGCCUCUGAGCCGCUCACUUUUGAAAGAGGUGACUGGACCGCUGUGCCCACAAACAGCAUUUUGACGAUCAAAAAGCAAACCAUCUUGAUCCAUCCAAUCAUCGACGAGUACUACCAAGCAGAUCCACUGUAUUCCAGAAGCUCGAAGCUUGCCGAGGACAAGGGUCUGAUGGGAUCUGUCCCGCUACCCAAAUCUGUAGAAAAGAAUGUCCCCCCACUCGGGAGGGAGGGUCGUUCCAGACCAUUGUCUGCUACGGCCCAUCUACUCUAG